AUGUUUGCUUUUGCUAAAUCAUCAAAACUACCAUAUCACUUUUCUGAAUGCGUAGAGAAUCAUGCAUUUGAAACUUAUGACAAAUUUAUCAAGGAACAAGGAGAGGAAUUGAAAAAAAUGUCGGCUCCUGAGGUAGCUGUGAAUUAUUAUAUGGGAGAUGACUUGUAUCUAUUUGAUGAAUUUCAAACUUCCAGAGUUCCAAAUACUAGAAGGCCUAAGAUAGGUAUAACAUAUGGUGAUGAAUGUGAACAUCCCAAACCUCAUCCAGAGCCAUACUUGAAAGGCCUUGAAGCUCUAAAAGCAUCUAAAGAUCACACGUUUGUAUUUGAGGAUUCUGUUUCAGGAAUCAAAGCUGGUGUGGCUGCUGGGAUGCCUGUUAUCGGUUUAUCUACCCGAAACCCAGAGCAUUUGCUGAUGGGAGCAAAACCCACCUUUCUGAUUAAAGAUUAUGAUGAUCCAAAAUUGUGGGCAGCUCUCGAAGAACUUGACAAGUCUGGUUCUCAUUAA